CUCCGGAUAACUGCCCCCUUCCUGUCAGAGUCUGUUGGUUUAGAAGCGCGUCAGAGGAAAAUGAGUUUGCAAGCUCCUUCCCGGUAUGUUUUGGGUCUGGAUAUUGGUACAAGCUCGGUAAAGGCAGUGUUGUUGGAGGCUGAGAGCCGGGCAGUGGUUGACAGCCAGACAAAGAAAACUAAAGCAGACACCAGCAGCCUGGAUGGAGAGAAGUGUCGGGAACAGGAUGUUGCUCGGAUUGUGUCAGCCGUUAACAGCUGUGUUUCUGCUCUGCCCAGAGAACAUCUCUGCAAGGUGAUGAGAAUUGGAGUCUCCGGACAGAUGCAUGGUGUUGUAUUGUGGAAAAGUGAGGAAGGUUGUAUUUGGCAGGGAGGUGAAAAAGGUUUCACAUUCCAGCCCAAGAAGACUAGUCACCUGAUCACAUGGCAAGAUGGUCGCUGUAGCCGUGAGUUUCUCGAUUCACUCACCCGGCCUGAUUCCCAUCUCAGCCUUGCCACCGGCUUUGGCUGUGCCACCAUUUUCUGGUACAUGAGAAACAGGCCCCAGUUUUUGGAGUCCUAUAAUGCAGCAGGGACCAUCCAUGACUAUGUUGUGGCUGUCUUGUGUGGGCUUAGGAGACCAUUAAUGUCAGCCCAGAAUGCUGCCAGUUGGGGCUAUUUUAAUACCAGAUGUGGGACUUGGAAUCUGCAAAUAUUGCGGGAUUCUGGAUUUCCUACAUACCUGCUGCCUGUGGUUGUGGAAUCUGGUGCGAUUGCUGGAAAGACAGUUCACGAAUGGUAUGGUGUGCCAGAAGGGACAGAAGUUGGUGUGGCACUGGGUGAUUUCCAAUGUUCUGUGUACUCGUGCAUGAUGGAGACAACAGAUGCAGUUUUGAAUAUCAGUACUUCUGCCCAGUUGACCUUUGCCUUGACUCCUGGCUUCCAGCCACCAGCUCAACCCGACCCCGCCGCGAGUAUUGCAUAUUUUCCAUAUUUUGAUGGAAUUUACUUGGUUGUGGCUGCUGCACUAAAUGGUGGAAACGUACUGGCUUCCUUCAUUGAGAUGCUGAAACAAUGGAUGCAGGAGUUGGGACUGGAGGUUCCAGAAUCUGUCAUCUAUUCUCGAUCAGUACACGCUGCUCUAACCAUUACUGACACUGACCUUGCAGUGCAGGCAACCCUUUUUGGAGAGAGGCAUUCACCUGACCAGCUGGCUUCAGUGACCAACAUCUCCCCGUCUAACCUCUCCUUGGGUCACAUUACCAGAGCGCUGUGUUGUGGCAUUGUGAAAAAUCUGAACUCCAUGUUACCGUGCCAACAGUUGAUUGAAUCUGGGGUGCAGAGGAUUAUGGGCAGCGGGAGUGCACUGACCUGCAAUGAUGUGCUGAAGCAGGAGGUGGAGAAAGCUUUCACCCUUCCCAUUGUGUACGGGAAGAAUGUGGAUUCAGCAGUUGGUGUUGCUAUGGUGAUGCUUGACCGAAAAUAGGGAGGCAAGAGACUCCCAAAAAUGGAAUCAGGAGAAUCUAAAUCGCUGUCCACUCAGAGUGUCUCAACUGAUCACAAUGUUUUCCCACUAAUUAAGGAAAAUUUAUGAAAGAGUUGGAAAAAGUAAUCAUCCAUCUCUUAUCCUGUGUAGUUCAACCAUUGAACACAACUGGAGUGAACUUGGUGCAAAUGCAUAGUUAAUGCUGACUGAGUGACAUCACAAUCUGUCCUUCUUGUUUUAGUUGUUGACGUAAUAUCAUUGCUAAAGUUGGCCCAGCAUUCUACUGGAUAGGCCACAUUCCAGUU